AUGGCAUCGGAAGGGUACACUCAUGUCGAGCUUCUCACUCUGAGCGGCCCGGAGUACAGGCGUGUCUCGAAAGCUCCCCCGCGCAUUCCGACCGCUGAUGAGAUCCCCAUAAUCAAUUUGACGGCGAUUGACGGCGAUCUGAACAGUCGGAAACAGCUGGCCGCUGAGGUUAGAGCCGCAUCACAGAACACGGGGUUCUUCUACAUCCGGAACCAUGGAAUUCCGGAGUCUCUGAUCAAAGAUGCAUUGUCUCAGGCCCAGGCCUUCUUUGCACAGCCAGAGGCUGAAAAGGAGAAGGCUUCUAUUCGCAAAUCAUCAUCUUUUAAUGGAUACUACGGCGUGGGGAGCACGCAGGUAAAUCGAACCGAGUCAAAAGAUCACAAGGAGACGUUUUCCUUUGGAUAUAACCCCCGAAAUGACAAAACAGUCGAAGACGUUGAGAGCCUUAUCGCCAGUAAUCCAGAUGCCUACAAGGAUGAUGAUCAUGACGCUAUGUGGGAAGGUGUCAAACAUCUCCCCGGCUUUCAAAAGACUUUGAUCGAAUUUUGGCAGUGUCGUCUCGCUCUCGCACGAAAGCUGAUACGCAUUUUCGCCCUCGCUUUAUGCCUGCCAGAAGACUACUUUGACAAGAUGAUCACUCAUCCUGGGGCGGAUAGUAAUAUGAUUCAUUAUCCAGGAACUGCCGGCUGUGAAGAAGGCGGCAUCGACAAGGAAAUUGACGUUGGGAUUGGAUCGCAUACCGAUAUCCAAUGCAUCACCUUGCUCUGGCAGGAUGCUCCUGGUUUACAAGUAUUGUCCAGUAAUGACGAGUGGCUAGAUGCUCGGCCUAUCCCAGGCACUCUUGUAGUGAAUAUCGGCGAUUUUCUUCAGAGGUUAUCGAAUAACACCUUCAAGUCCACCGUUCAUCGUGUUUAUAAUAAACAGGUGACUUCUCGGUACUCGAUGCCAUUUUUCUUAGGCUUCAAUCCUGAGGCUGUUUGCGAAGUGGUGCCUUCUUGUAUCAGUGAGGAAUCCCCAGCGUUGUAUGCUCCUAUUUCUUGUGGACAGUGGCACCAUGAUCGCCGUGCGUUGGCCCGGGCAAGAAAGGCCGCAGCUUGA